AGUUCAGUGGACAGCUCCGUGGUGCUGAAACCACAGUUUCUCUUUCACAUAAACAGCUCCAGACCAAACCAACGCAAUGGACGUCUUAUCGCGGAAACUUUUUGUACUUUCCUCGUGGUUGUUUUUGGCGCAGAGCACAACGCAAGAGUUGGGACAGACGCAGUUCAUUUGCCAAUCAGUGCCCAAGGAUAUGGACUUGUGCUCGGCAUCAAUGCAGAACAGUGGACCGGCAGAGGAUCUGAAGACCACCGUCAUGCAGCUGCGCGAGACCGUGCUGCAGCAGAAGGAGACGAUCAUGAACCAAAAGGAGACAAUCAGGGAACUAACGUCCAAACUGAACCGCUGCGAGAGUCAGAGCGCGCCAACCGCAGAGGGCGCGAGGCGGCCGGGGGGAAAGAACACUAUGGGAGACGUGUCCCGGGGCACCACGGAGACUCUGACCCAACUGGGACAGACCCUACAGACCCUCAAACAGCGGCUGGAGAAUCUAGAGAACUACAGCCGCGGCAACAACGGCUCUGCGCAGGCGAACAGCCUCAAAGACCUGCUGCAGAAUAAGAUAGACGACAUGGAGAAGCAGGUGCUGUCCCGGGUCAACACUCUGGAGGAGGGCAAAGGCUCCAGGAACGACACGGAGCAGCGCAACCGAGUGGAGUCCACGCUCACGUCUCUGCACCACCGCAUCACGGACCUGGAAAAAGGUAAAGACGGCAGACCCAGUGAAAAGUUCCAGUUGACGUUCCCUUUGAGGACAAACUACAUGUACGCCAAAGCCAAGAGGAGCCUGCCUGAGAUGUACUCCUUCAGUGUGUGUCUGUGGAUCAAGUCCAACGCCUCACCAGGAGUGGGCACGCCUUUCUCCUAUGCUGUCCCGGGACAGUCCAACGAGCUGGUGCUGAUCGAGUGGGGCAACAAUCCAAUGGAGAUCCUCAUUAAUGACAAGGUUGCCAAGCUGCCAUUCCUAAUCAAUGAUGGUAAAUGGCAUCACCUUUGCAUUACGUGGACCACUCGGGACGGGGUGUGGGAGGCCUUCCAGGAUGGGGUGAUGAGGGGCAGCGGAGAAAACCUGGCUCCGUACCACCCCAUCAAACCAGAGGGGGUGCUAGUCCUGGGACAAGAGCAGGACACAUUGGGAGGUGGAUUUGAUGCGACACAAGCCUACGUGGGAGAAUUGGCAAAUCUAAACAUCUGGAACAGGAAACUAACAGUAGCGGAGAUCUACAACCUGGCAACGUGCAACAGCAAAGCACCAGCGGGAAACGUCUUCUCCUGGUCAGAGAGCAACAUCGAGAUAUUUGGAGGAGCAACCAAAUGGACAUUCGAGCCGUGCCGUUCGAACAACUAAAGUGAACCGAACUUUAAAAAAAAGCCUUGCCGUAUUUUCCGAGCUCUUGUCGUUUUUUUGUCUUUAUUUUGUUAAGAGACAAUUUUGACUUUCAGUAAAGCUUCAAUCUGGGAUUUCUUAGGUAUUUAUGUGCAACACUUUUCAUCUUGAAGAUAUAAAAAAGAAAUCAUUGUGGGAUUUUUCCGACUUUUUCUUCAUGGAUGUUAAAAUGCACACCUCCGCUUUUUCAUUUUGGCUUAUUUUGUCUUGGACUGGCAGCUGGCAAUCUGCGCCUUACACUUGGAAGGUUCACAAUGAGGGAUUACAUAAGAACUGCUCUGCCUGAGGAGCGGAGAUUACGCUGUCCAUCUCAUUUCUGUCAGUGUUUCGGAGCUGUGAGGCGAUGUCUGAUGUCCUGGGACCCCCCUCCACCCCUCCCCUACCCUUCUCCCAUAGACCCCACCCCACAUAAAAAUGUAACACUGCACUUAAGUCACAACACAAGCUUUUUUUUUUAGUCUAGAAGUUCCUUUCCAACUUUAUUUAUGUAAAGCUGCACUAUGUAACUUUUCUAGUGGAGUGUCAGCCACCUGCUCGUCUCCGUGGACAUGUGUAUACUUUGCCGAUAUGUUUCAAAGUAUAGCGUUAAUCCUAUCAGAGUUGCAUUUAUUUCAUUACAGGCUCAAAAAUACCGUGAUAAACAUGCGUUCUUACUGUGAGUGAGCUUGUCUUUCCACAGAUCUGACCUGUAACUUGUCCUAGUGGCUCAAUCCCCUUGGAAAUAGAUAAGAUUAAUGCCACUGGGGGGGCGAUCACAUCUCCAUGGAGCAAUCAGGGAGUGGACCCACAAGCAGAAAAGUGUGUGCAUCUUUAACCAAAACUUGUGCCAUUUUAUUCAAACAUGAAAUAAAGAUUUCCAUAUUUCCAUAUAUUGAUUCAUAUAUUACAUUAUUAUUCUUUUAUGUAUCUACUAAACAAGUAAGCCAUAGUCUGUACCGUUAUAGCUUAUGACGGCCUUGACACUUUGUUUUACCACAAUACAACUAUACAAUAGAUUUUCAGACAUUUUACUCACAGAUUGUUGCCUCCUUAUUACUUUUACCCAUUCCGCCCCAUCCGGAUCUUGCACUGUGACUGCUGAGGAGGAGGAGGAGGAAGAGAGAGAAUCUGUGAUGAAGGACACUGCAAAGUCAGACUAUGGUCGAUUUGUAAUUGUCGCUUUUCUUCUUCAAGUGUCUCUGUUGUAAGAAUGUCGUUAACUUUGCCAACAUUGCUACAAAAGCCUGGGUGCCUUGGGCUGGUUCUAGUGUUCAGCACAUUUGGUAUGUUUUUCAGUUGCGAUGAUUCAAUGUUUUUUCCAGUUAGUUGUUGAGUUUUUUCAAGCUGGGUUGAAAUUCUUGUUCUUCUGGUAAAUGUGUAUUUUGGUUUGUUUUCGGACACGUUUUAUGGGCAGGUGUACUACGCUGUAUAAGGAAUGUUACAGUGUUUGUAUAGUAACAGCAUGAAUGAAAGAGUGCUGUGGAAGCAUUGUUGAAGUCUGCUUUACUAUCUCUGGGUCUGGGUUUUCUACUGUAUUGUUAUAUGCUCCAAGCAUGGCAAAACUGAGAGAUGAAGAUUUAAUUUUUGUAAUAAAAUUGUGAUACCUAACGUCAUAGUGCACUGG